AAACUUGCAACACUUGCAACAACAUGGAAAGCAAACGAAUUCAGAAGCAUAACGUGAAAAAAAUCAGGUAUGAGAAGUUGAAAGAAGUCGGUCGAAGGGCAACGGAGGCUCUGAUUAAAAAAUCCUUUUCCAGUGGUAAAGUGGAAUCCUGUUUCCCUACCAUAGCAAGUACGGCACAGGGAUCGGAGAUCCUACGGGAGGCUUCCAAGCAAUUCAUUGAGUUCUGGCAACUGGAGACCCUCAACGAAAUAGAUCAUAUAUACGAAGAAAGGGAUAUCGAGACCAAGCUCGAUGAAUUGGAUGAAAUAGUUCAAGCAGCAGAAGAAAGGAAACGAUCCAGGACUUCCAAACCAGAAAAUGUCGAUCUCCUUCUGGCCAAAGAAAUAAUAGAUAGUAACAUUGUAAGUAAAGGAACAGUGGCAUUGGAGAAAUUGCAAUUGAUACAUGAUCUGUUACGGGCGGAGAACUUGGACACCUAUAAGCAGUUGCAAGAGUUGGUCAAGGAGAGCAAUCAAUUGGCAGAAGAAACAAAAUCGGCUCUAGCGCUGGCGCUGUUGGCUAAAACUAUUGAAAUCUGCGAUGACGAAAAUGAACACUUAGCUGCUCUAGCCAGGACUUUUGCUGAAAAGUAUUUGUAAGGAUCUUGUUAAUAAUAAAACGCAUUUACAUUAUACUAUUUGUACUAUUAAUAUAUACAUGAAUUAAUCGGAUGGUCUAACCUAAUUUGAACCUUUGGUGGUAGCUUGUUUUGCAAGUUCGUAAUUCUUCUUAGCAAUAGUUUGAUAUUCUUCAACUCUUCUCUUAAGAUCGUGAACCUUUUGAAUCUUCUUCUGUUGUUUUUCAGAAAGUUUAACCAAUUGUCUAUCACCCCACACUUUAUAAUCUUGAAAGUAUUGUCUACCCAUAUUGAAUUCACAGUGUACCACAUCAUCAGCCAAACCUAACUUAUGAAUGGUAUAAAAGUAACGUUCUGGGUUGUCCUUUUUUAAAUAUUUCAAAAGACGUUGUCUGUAUUGUACCAUUUCUCUGGUUUGUUGAAUAUAUUCAAAAUCUUUUCUGUUUUCCUUAACAUGCUUCAUAGCAAAAUGAAUCUUAACGGUCAAGACAGCAGCCUGAACUUCUGGGGAUCCAGUAUCACCAUCAAAUCUUUGGAACUCUUCACGGGCUAAUCUGAUAGCCAAUUUUCUCUUGUCGAACGAAUUCGAGUUUCUCAAGUUAAGAAUGGUUAAUAAAGCCCUCUUUUUCUUUUCUUCCAUGGCACGAGCUUGUUCGGAGGAGAUAACGUUGGUACCGGCGAGUUUUUCCAAAUUUGCCUUUUCAACCCCAUACAUCAACUUCUCAAAUUCAACUUUAUCAACACCGUAAGCCAAGUGAUUUUCGUGGUCAGCGACUUCAUCGAAAAUUCUUUGGAUAAAGGCACACUUUGGAUCACCUAAAACUGGAUCGACUGACAAUUGGACGUUUUUAACUUCGUGUUGUUUGAGAUUGUUGACAUCUCUGACAAUUUGCUUCUUUAAUCUGCUUUCUUUUCUUCUGAUACGUUUUACAAUAGUCUUUGGAGAGUUUGGAGGGAUUUCCUUUUUAGAUCCAAAUCUCUUGAGGUAUGACAUCCCACCUACUGCUCCGUUGAAUCCUGGAAUUUCAGCAUUCCACACUGGUCUUGUACUGGACAAGAAUCUGCAUCCUAUCCUGAAAACAUUCAUCUUUAGGUCUACUGAUUGUAGUAUAU